AUGCCUGCAGUAACAAUCCCCCCGCCGGUGGUGGUCUUCGAAUGCCGGUGUGAGCAGACCGUGGUUGGUCAGCAGGUGUAUGUAAUCGGUUCUUGCGAGGAGUUGGGUUGUUGGGGCAUCGACCUUGCCGUGCCGUUGAGCACAUCUUCGCAGCAGUUUCCUCGAUGGUUAUCUUGCGCAUUUGAAUUGCAAACAGUGGAUCCUGGUACGUCAAUUGAGUUCAAGUUUCUGAUCAAGAACGCGGACGGUAGUUUGGUGUUGUGGGAGAGUGGAGCGAACCGGAGUUUCCGAUGCCCGGAUGCGGGACACUUGGCUCGUGUGAAGGGGGUAUUCGAUCGUUGUCCUACGGUGAACAUUUCUAUCACUGUGGCCUCUGCGACUGGUGCCACAGCUGCCGUUGCAACGCCCGAACCGGGAAGUGGGGCCACGACAACAACACCUCCCGCACCAGCCGCAAUGGCCGGCUGUGCUCGUAAAGUGCCCUACCUACCACCCCAGGAUGUGUUGACGGCACUCGCCGAAUAUCGCACCCAGAGUGUCGUGGAACUCAUCUCAACCACACACGGAAACACCAAGUCAUUACGCGAACGUCUUGAAUUCAUCGCCAAUGUGGUCACAUCGAGACCCGCUUCAGCUGUGGAAAUGUUGCGCACACUUGCACUUCUCUCACUCUACUGGGAAUGGGUCGCUACACGAGUCUUAUUUUGUGGUGAGGAUGGUCGUCAUUUCCGACCAAAUCAUGUGGCGCAAUCAUCCAAGGAAAUAUUCGAUGCACUCGUUGCCUAUCUGGAUCCCGCGGGUAAGGGAGACGCCCACAAGGGCGAUACACAUUCUUGGGCACUUGACGUUACCGAGAUGGUCGCUCGUCGACUCAUGAAACUGCUACCCUCCUUCGAUGCAAAAUUCACCGCUACCGUUCCCAUGACCCGUAUCCGAGACAUCGCGCACCGUAACGACAUCCCUAGCGACGUUAAGACCGAGAUCAAAACGACUCUUCAGAACAAACUGCACCGCUGUGCUUCGCCUCAGGAUCUUGUCACCUGCCGCUCACUCCUGGACAAGUAUCGCGCGCAAAACCUGAACCCAGACUUCUUAUCGGAAUUCACGGCUUUCGAGUCCGAGCUGACACAAUUCUUCAACCAGCAGUCGUACCGAGAACGGUUAGACGCCGUGCGAGACGUGCUAAACAGCAAUGCAGUGGAUACAUUUUUGAAGAAGAUCGCGGAGAGCGCAUUCGAGAGCUGCGAAGCCGUUUACGGCUACAACGCGGAGGGUGUGUUGACCAAGCUGAUGAAUGCACUGGCCGCAGGUGUGGCACUGCGCUCUCAACUGUAUGCCGUCAAGGACGCACAGCAAGUACGGGUUGCCGAUGUCGAGACAGAGGACACCUUGACGCAACUGCUGUGCCGCACAGCAAAUGUAGUGGAAGAGAAAGCGCCGUGUCUGGCGAGUGAUGUGUUAGCACGGACUCUGGUGCGGGUGUUGCGUAUUUGCCUCGACAGCAUGGCCUUAAGCGGAGUAGUACGGCCUUUGAGUUUGUUGUUAAGCGAGGAGUGCGGUACUAUUCUGGAAUGUUCGGAGCCGAUGUUGAACCUGGCAUGCGAGAGUCUUGGACAGCGUGUGGCGAGGAUCUGCACGACGUUUAGUGAGUUGGUUUCAGCCACAUAUGACUCCGAGUCGACUCAGACAUUGGCGCGCAAUCUGGGCGUCCAGACUGCGACUAGUGCGUUGGUGGCUGAGUCGUUUAUUCGGGAGAGCUUCCUGUUCCAGGUCUCUAGAGUUGCGAGCGUGCUUUGUGCUACUACCCAGACCACUCAGCACACUGUCGUGUGCGCAGGUUCAGAACCCAAUGUCCGAGGUCGCUUGGUAUCCUGCAAAGGGUUCGAGGAGGCGGCGCCGCUGCUUUCGUCGGGGGACGUCGGGGUUAUUGUUGCCGUGGAGCAUCUCACCGGCGAUGAAGACGUCACCACUUAUCCCGGACUCGCCGGAAUCGUUGCCAAACACGAAGUGCCACUGCUCUCCCAUAUCGGUGUCCGUGCGCGCCAGAGAAGACUGCCUUUUGUCUGUAUAGUUUCACCCACGUUCAAUUGGAGCGCAUUUGUGCAGAAGUUUGAGAAUAGCAACAUCGUGUUCACUCCCGAGGCUGCGACGGGAGCACUGGUCACCAAAGCGGAGUCGGCCGCAACCAGCCCGGCCCCCGCGAGUAAGCCCGCGCCCCCUGGGCGCGCGGUGGUGCUCCCGCUGGACGCGGAGGCCCCCUGUCUGUCUGAAUCCUCGAGUAAUGCGGGUUCGCCCAAAUUCCGGAGACGGCGCACACGUGUGUGCAAGGGGCCUGGACCUACCCGGUUUGCGUCUGCGCUGACCGUUUUGGCCGGAAAGGACAUCCGGGCUGAGAGCUGUGGCUCUAAAGCGGCCGUGUGCGCCCAGCUGCACGAAUUACUCGAGGGCACGCACCUGAAGGCCCCGCCCUGCCUCGCGCUCCCCUUCGGCUCAAUCGACGCUGCCUUCCGCUCCGCCGUAAAUCAGGACGCAUUUUCGCGCUACGACGCUCUACGCAAACGUCUGACCAGCUCCAGCGACGCCGAACUACCCGAACUCUGUGCCAGCACGCAACGCCUCGUCAUGGACCUCGCACUUAGCCGAGAAGUCGUUGUCAAGUUCAGAGACGCCGUCGCGCUCGCGUUUCUCGCCAACGACGUCGCCCUCCUGGAGUCCCAGCGCCUCGCCCUCUACGUUCGCUCCUCCUCCUCCGUGGAAGACAAUUCGGAAGACGCCGCUGCCGGCGUCUACGAAAGCGUCACUACCACCGUCACUUGGUCUCUCCCCUCCGGUACAACCGCCGCGGCUGUUGGGACCGGUGCAGGACUGCCUGCUAAUGGAACUGGGGCGGGACACACAGCCCCCGGACAGGCGACGUCGGGACAUGCAGCCUUUGUGGCGACGCUACAUAUCACCGAGCUCUGGCUCGCCGUUAAACAAGUCUGGGCCUCGCUGUACGCCGUGCGGGCAGUUCGCGCCCGUCGUGGACACGAAGACGCUGGCGAUAUGGGAGUCCUCAUUCAGCCUGUUGUUAAUGCGGACUGGUCCUUCUAUGCCUACACUCGCGCUCCCGCAUCGCUCCAUCGUGCGCCCGGUUGCUGUUAUAUCGAACUCGUCAAGGGCUUAGGCGAGAGUCUCGCCGGCGGAGGUCGCUCUGUCGGCGGCGGUCGAGGGUUCCGACUACUCGUCUCCCCCCAAACCAAAAUGGUCGACCUCUGCGGCGUCUGGUCCAUGUGGGGCGCCGUCCAGGCAGACAUCACGCCUUGCUUCGAUGCACUUACUGAAGAAGAACUGCGACCGGACUAUUGGAAAAACCUCGGCAUACGACUGGCAGAUAUACACCUACUCGAAACACUCCUCCAACGACCACAAGAUGUUGAAGGCUGUGUCGUCAAUGGACGCGACCUAUUUAUCGUUCAAAGCAGACCCCAAACCGACUGA